AUGCCUAUCUCCUUUAACAUUUUCGUUUUUUGUCUCAUACGAUACCCAUACGAUGGACAUGGAUUAGUGGAUAUUCUUACGUCGCCUGUUCACAACGACUAUAAUGUAUCUAUAGUGAGGACGCCGGAGACCCUUACUGAUGACGAGACAUUCCAUCUUAGUUCUCCGGGACAGCGCGGCUCCAAUAUGAUUCUUAAUGGAGGAUAG